AUGCACGAUGUCAACAUCCAAGAGUACCACUUCCUAUACCUCCCUUCUUCUCUUCGUAUCACUUACCUUCUUACUCUCCCCGUGCCCCUCUGCCCGCCUUCCCUUCCUCCGCCUUCCCCCGUCCGCCUCCCCCUUUCCGCCUUUCCCGUUUCCGCCUUUCCCCUUCCGCUUUCCCCCCUCCGCCUUUCCCGCUCCGCCAGCGCUGCUAGGCCCUAUCCGCGCCAUGGCGUUCUACUGCGCGUCGGCGGCCCAAUCCGCGCCAUGGCGUUCUACUGCGCGUCGGCGGCGCAGCGCGCGGAGGUCGCAGCGCUGUCGCUGCUGUCGCUCUCGUGCCUCGCGUGGAGCCGCAAAUCGCGCUGCCAGUGGGAUUUCGUGGUGCGCCACUCCACAUGGCACCUCGUCAGCGCAGUCAGCCUGCUGUACCUCGCGAAUUCCGUUGAGUUUUCUUAG